CGCGCUGCAGGCGGCGAGCAACCGCUGCCGCGCUCGGUGGGAGUCAAGGUUUUCACAUCCUUUCUAUGAGUUUCGCCAUCUGUAGCUUUUACCAACAAUUGUGGUUUAAUCAAUUAGAAAUAGAGACGAGUUAUUAACCAGGAGAAAAUGUCAAAUCUAAAAAUGAAAGAGGCGGCCCUCAUCUAUCUUGACAGAAGUGGAGGCCUCCAAAAGUUUAUAGAUGAUUGCAAGUACUACAAUGAUUCAAAACAAAGCUAUGCUGUCUAUCGAUUCAAAAUUUUAAUAAAUCCCUCUGAUGUUGUUGAAUUAGAUGCUGAGCUUGGAAAUCACAUUUUACACCAACCUUUAAAAGCAGCUGAAGUUUUUCAAUCAGUCUGUUUUAUUGCUGUUAAGACUCUCUCAUUAAUUGGACAAUUGCAGACUGAAACACAAAUUAAUAUAGUGCUGAAAUUAACACAUUUACCUCCCCUGCCAAGUUAUGGUCUUGAUCUGUGUGAAUUUCCACUUGAUUAUACAUCUCAGAGAUUUUAUAUAAUGCAAGGAAUUGUGAUUGCAAUGACAACUGUAACCAAGUAUACACAAGGUGCAAGAUUUCUUUGUUCAGAUGAAGCAUGCCCUCUUUCAAAAGGAUUUCAGUAUAUAAGAGUGCAUGUGCCUGGUGCUACAGAAUCUGCAACGAUAAGAAAUGACUUUUUGUGUAAUCUAUGUGCAUCUUCACUUCAAGAAGACAGAAAAUUUAGAGUACUUGGUGAUAAACAAAUAGUUGAAAUAAUUGCCACAAAGGCACUUCAUGCUUUUCAAGGACAUUCUAACAACCAGCCAUUUAGGUUUCAAUCUGUUACAAUUUUCCUAAGAGAUGAAUCAGUGAAUAAAAUGAAUAUAGGAAAUGAAUAUAAAAUUAUUGGAAUUCCAACCUGUGUAAAAGCUUCACAAACUGCUGUCUGUAUAGAAGCAAAUAGCAUAACUUUUUGUAAUUCAAAAGUUCCUUCAGGAAUUAGUGACAAUUUCAGGUGUCUCCUCUCCUUAACUUCCAGCUCAUGCUGGAAGUUUACAGCAAUUCUUGCCAAUAUCUUUGCAUCACAAAUUACCCCUCCUGGAACUUACAAUUUGCUCAAGCUCUGUUUGUUGAUGAGUCUAGUACAGACAACUGACCGUAACAAGGAACUGGAAGAUUGCCUGGAUAUUUUAAUUUUAACAAGUGAUACUCUACUCAUAGACAGGCUUCUGAAUUUUAGCAUAAACCUUGUUCCCCGUGGUAUACGUCAUCUAGUCUCUACUGAAAUUUUUCCCACUCUAUCCAGGAAUAAGUAUGGAACUGGAGCAGUUAGCAUUCAGGCUGGCAGUGCUUUGCUAGCUAAAGGUGGCAUCUGCUUUAUAGGAGACUUGGCUUCACACAAAAAAGAUAAACUUGAACAGCUUCAAUCAGUUCUGGAGAGCAGAAACAUCACAGUGUACAUCCCAGGAAAGAAGCUUGGGGAGGAUAUUGAUCAACAGAUGACUUUUCCAGUUCAGUGCAGUUUUUGGUCUUUCGUUGAUAUGGAUUCAUCUUCAAGGAGAAAUGCACAGAAAAUCAACACUCUAAUUGGUCAGAUGGAUUGCAGUUUGAUUCCAGCUAACCUUGUGGAGGCAUUUGGUUUAUUGAUUAACUGCAAUGAGUCAUCUCCCUGCCACCCAUUUCUACCUACUGUGCAACAUACUUUGAAGAAAGCCAUUAAUCCUGAAGGGCUGCUUUAUGCGGCUUCUAGACAGUUCACAACUGAAGAUUUUGAAAAGCUACUGGCUUUUGCAAAGAAUUUGAAUGUAGAAUUCAGCUUGGAAGCAGAAAGAAUGACUCAUGGCUAUUAUCUAGCAAGUCGCAGAAUCAGAACAGACUCUAUAUGUGGAUCAAAACUGUCGGCAUCUGCAUUAAAAUAUCUCGUUUUCCUAUCUGAAGCCCAUGCACGACUGAACUUAAGGAACAAAGUGCUUAAAGAAGAUGUGCUGAUUGCAGCCUUACUAUUUGAAACAUCCCUCACAUUGAAAUAUGGGGCCACUGUAUUUUGUGUUGCUCCGAAUGCAAUAUUUCCAUUUGAACUGUAUAAUGAAGAAUACUUAGAGCAAAGGGAUCUCUAUCUAACUCAGUGCCAACAACAGCUGGAACAAUUUAUUGCCACAUAUGGACCUGGGACAACUAUUUUCUCUAGUGAUGAAUAAACAAUUUGAGGAAUUUUUGUUCAUUCCUACUUAAGCAGUGAAGAAAAAGUGUGAGUAUUUUGAAAGUGACUUUGAAGUAAUGCUUUGAUAAUACUUUGUACAGGAAUAUAUUACAAUACUAUUUUU